AUGUGGGAAGAGCCAAUCAAAGGGAAGGACCCUCUGCCCCCGCCGGCCUUAAAGUCUGCGGCGGUGAAAAAGGCUCCUCUUAGGAAGGGGAAGACCCCCGUCCAACCAGACAGCACCAAGACCCAGCAGAGACCCCCCCGCCUUGCUGGUGACCUGGAGCCAAUCAAAAAGCUGGCCUUAAAGUCUGCGGCGGUGAAAAAGGCUCCUCUUCCGAAGGAGAAGACCCCCGUCCUUCCAGACUUCGACACAACCCCACAGAGAGCUCCAAGCCUUGCUGCUAUCCUGGACCAAAAGAAGCAGAGAGUGCAGACGGAGAAGUACCGGUGGUGUGAUGGCCAACGAUUGGCCACAGCAGAUGCCUUGUCAGUCUUCAGAAAACACCUGACACCAUUUGAGCAGAGGGAAAUCCUACAGUACAAGGAGGUGUGGUACCUCGGCAUAGCUGCAGAGAAGAUCCAGCAGAAAUGCCCCCUCAGCCAUGGUUAUGAUGACCGCAAGGGACACUACAAGAUGGUUAUCAAAGACCACAUCGCCUACCGAUAUGAGGUCCUGGAGCUGAUAGGUCAGGGCACCUUCGGUCGAGUCCUCAAGUGCAGAGACCACAAAACAAAGCAGCUGGUAGCCAUGAAGGUCAUUGCGAACGACCAGAGGUUUAAAGAUGAGGCGAAGGCAGAGGUGCAAAUUCUGGAGUUGCUCCAAAAGAACGAUGAGGAUGGCGUGGCCAACGUCGUCCACAUGAAGGAGCACUUUCAGUUCCGUGACCAUGUGUGCAUCACCUUUGACCUCAUGGGAAAGAGCCUCUUGGAGGUGUUGAAACAGAGAGAGUACCGAGGGCUGGGCGCCUCUCAGGUGAGGAGCCAUGCCAUCUCUCUGGUGCAGUCUCUCCAGUUCCUCAGUAGGUCCGGCAUCAUCCACUGCGACCUGAAACCGGAGAACAUCCUGGUAUCAGAAGGUGACCCAGCGGUCAUAAAGGUGGCUGACUUUGGGUCCAGCCUUCUGGAACAUCACAACACCAUACCUAUUGCCCAGACCAUGGCCUACAUGUCCCCAGAAGUCAUUCUGACGAAGGUCUUCACCAAGGCCAUUGACAUGUGGAGUCUGGGCUGCAUCUUAGCCGAGCUCAAGACAGGCCAGAUCCUAUUUAACGUGCUUGAUGAGUACGAGCUCGUGCUGGAAAUGACGAAGCUGCUGGGUGUGCCCCCAAACGAUAUGCUGAAGAAGACCCGGCUUCAGGGCUUUCUCUCCGGUCAAAGAAACAGCAGAGACAUGACCAAGGCGGGUCUGUCUGUGGCCCUGAACACAGAGGACCCACUCCUUCUUGACUUCGUCCAGAAUUGUCUUGAAUACGAGCCGGCGAAGCGCAUGACCCCGGAUGAGGCCAGGCAGCAUCCCUGGAUUCUGAUGCACUUCCAGAGUCCCAGCUCCAGCGAGGACUCUUCUCCCCACCAGUCCACCAACUGGGAGCCCAUGGUGGACUCCACCAGCGCCACAGCCCCGUCCACCUCCGGACCAGGGCCCAGACCGGUCGGAGCCAGGGACAGCAGGAGGGAGGGGCCGCCAAAUGAAGCCCGUCCCGUCCUUACGGGGACAUGCACUGCUACAUUAGCCCCCCAUACGCCUCGACGGUCAUCAGAAAACACCUGACACCGUUUGAGCGGAGGGGAAUCCAACAGUACAAGGAGGUGUGGUCCCUUGGC